AACACUUUCGAUUAAUUUCCAUUUCAUUUGGAAUUAUUUCAAGUCUCUUGCUCAAAAAGCCAACACAAAAUUUCCCCAUUUUCCGGCCAUGAAUCGGGAGCAGAAUCUGACCGCCGCCUUGAGGCAGUCGGGUCAAGCGGUGGAUAAGCUAUCAGCUGCUGAUCAGGAGCAGCUGGAACAGCUGGGGACACCCGAGGAGCAGGAGGAGCUUGAUGAUGAGGUGGAUGAUGAGCGGGAGGACGAGGACGAAGAGGAGGAGCCCUGGCCGGAGCUAGUUCAACUGCAUCAGCCGCCGGAGCACAGUCAGCUGCUCCUGGCGGAACGCACUAGCUGCAUUGCCGUAAGGACAUACCUGCGCCUGUGCCGCCUGCCCUUUGCCGAGAAGAUCAGCGCCCAUGCCGAGUUCAUGACCCAAGGCGGCCGUCUCACCGGACUGCCCAUGCUCCGACUCGGUCAGUUCCAAAUCUUGGCCGAAUUCGAGCCCAUUGUGGACCAUGUGGCGGCCACCAGGCCAUCGAAGGCUCUGGGCCGUUGGCUGUCGGAGGAGGAGCGAGAGGAUAUGCGCUGCAUGGUCAACUACGUGGAGACGGUCUUCACACUGGCCGAGAUUCAUCUCAGCUACGUCGAUCCCGUCAACUAUCGCCUGUACACGGCCCGAAGGAGCGGCGCCGGUCAUCCCUGGCUACUGAGCCUGCUCCGGCGAUUCUACAAGCAGCGUCAGGCCAUGCGACUGCUCCGCGUCUACCAGUGGCACCAUCUGAGCACCGACCAGGUGCUCGAUGAGGUCAGCGAAUGCUGCGACGCACUCAUGGACCAGUUGGAGGAGCACGAAGAUGACUCGGAGGGCUUCCUGUGCGGCUCACAGCCCUGCGAGCUGGAUGCUCUGGUCUUUGGCCAUGUGGUGGGAAUACUCAACACUCCGCUACCCAACCGGGAGCUGGCCGAGCUCCUGUACUCCUAUCCGCGUCUUGUGGCCUUUUGCCGGCGCAUUGAUGCCAGCCUGUACGGAGGGAAGCUUCUCAAUGAGAGGGGGGACUCUGGCUUUGACUCCGAGGACGACUCGAACGAAGACUGUGUCCAGGAGGAGGAAAAUAAUUCGGAGCAUGAGCAGCGGAAGAUUGAGGAACAGGAACAGAAGGAAGAAGAGGCCGAAGAGUAGCAGGAGCCAGCACAAAAUUAAAGGAAGCGGUGGGACAAAGGA